UUUAAGUGUCAUCAUACAGUACUAGCUGUUAGCUUGUUUUACGCACUUGCUGUAAAUUAAUUUACAAAUUAAAUUCAUUUUUCUCACCACCGCUAAUGUGAUAGACUAUUUUCUUCCAAAAAAGCGUGUCCUGCCGGCUGUGAGGUGUCUCUGGUGAAGCGGUAUCGUUUAUGGAACCUUGCUCGGGGUUAGCAGAGUGCUAACAACAGUGACAGAAGUUACACGCGUCUGUCAUCUGCAGACACAAGACCAGCUGCCGCAAGAAGACUGACACCAACAUCAUGGAGCUCCAGGCAGUGUUGAUGGCAGCGGGUGGGGGAUCUCGUAUGACUGAUUUGACUUAUAACACCCCCAAACCUAUGCUGCCUGUAGGCAACAAACCUCUUAUGUGGUAUCCCUUGAACCUGCUGGAAAGAGUGGGAUUUGAAGAGGUGAUUGUGAUCACAACAAAAGAGGUCCAGAAGUUCAUGAGCACAGACUUUAAAAAGAAGUUUGACGUGAAGAUGAGACUAGACGUGGUUUGUAUCCAGGAAGACGGUGACAUGGGCACUGCUGACGCUCUCAGACACAUCCAGCAGAAGAUCAAGACUGACGUCCUGGUCAUUAGUUGUGACUUGAUAACCGACGUGGCGCUUCAUGAGGUGGUCGACCUUUUCAGAGCCCACAAUGCAACACUGGCCAUGUUAAUGAGCAGAGCCCAUGAAUUCACAGAGACGGUCCCCGGCCAGAAGGGCAAGAAAAAGACAGCUGAGCAGAGAGACUUUGUUGGUGUGGAUCAGUCAGGGCAGAGGCUGCUCUUCAUGGCCAAUGAGGCAGAUCUGGAAGAUGGGCUCUCAGUUAGGAAAUCCAUCAUGAGAAAACAUCCCAGGUUGCAUAUGAAGACCGGCCUCGUGGACGCUCACCUCUACUGCCUGAAAAAGGCAGUCGUUGAUUUUCUCACAGAAAACAAGUCCAUUUCAUCGAUCCGCGGUGAGCUGGUGCCAUAUUUGGUGCGCAAGCAGUUUUCUAAAACGAUAAACAGUCAGAAAACGAAGGAGGACUCGGAAGAUCAGACCCAGAAAAAGGACCACAGCUCUACAGAUCACGAGCUCUUCAUCUCAUCGCGGGACGAGCCUCUCCUCCAGCUGGCCCAGGAGCGCUCCUGCUGGAACGACCACCACGGUGACAUGAGUGAAGCUUACCACGGCGGAAAGCUGCGCUGCUAUGUUCACAUUAUGGACCAGGGCCUGUGCUACCGAGUUAACACACUGGCUGCUUAUAUAGAGGCCAACAGGCUGGCCCCAAAGCUGUUUGAAGAGCCAGCAGUCCACCCAUCUUCUGUCGUUUCUGAGAGAUGUCAGGUGGGAUCAGACAGUAUCAUCGGAGCUCUGUGUCAGAUAGCAGAUAAGACAUCCAUAAAAAGAUCCACUAUUGGAAACCACACCAUUGUGAAAGAAAAGGUCAAAGUCGCCAACUCCAUAAUCAUGCACGGGGUCACCAUUGAGGAGGGGUGUAACAUCCAGGGCAGUGUCCUCUGCAGUAACGCAGUGAUUGGCCGAGGCGCCGACCUCAAGUACUGUCUGGUGGGAAGCGGACAGCGGAUCGAACCAGAAGCUGAGCGGACUAACGAGGUCAUUGUUGGAACAGACCAGCUCAUGGAGAUCUAGCUUUUACGGAGAAGAAACGACGUUGCCUCAUUAACAGACCAGAGAGCGACACCUGAUGACCCAGCUGACUGACCAAUGAGAAGCCUGGACACUGCUUGAUAGAGAUACUCAUUAUUAUUAUUAAUAGUUUUCUUUUUGUAUUGUGUCCAAAUAAAGACAAAACUGGCUUCAACUCAC